CAAACCGAUGGUAUAAAAGGAAAAGCUCAUCAUUUUAACGGCUGUUGAGUUGAAAAAGAGUUUCGUUACACGACUCAGAGCAACUCAAACACCAAUUAAGCAACACAAAUACCAACUAAAAACGAUAAAUCUACAAUUAAUUUUCCAUCAUGCGUGAAUGUAUUUCAAUCCACGUUGGUCAAGCUGGUGUGCAGAUUGGCAAUGCCUGCUGGGAGUUGUACUGCUUGGAACAUGGCAUACAGCCUGACGGUCAGAUGCCAAGCGACAAGUCUAUUGGAGGAGGUGACGAUUCCUUCUGCACAUUCUUCAGUGAGACAGGAGCAGGAAAACAUGUACCAAGAGCAGUUUUCGUAGAUCUCGAGCCUACUGUCGUUGAUGAGGUACGCACAGGAACAUACCGUCAAUUGUUCCACCCAGAACAGCUUAUCACUGGAAAGGAAGAUGCGGCCAACAACUAUGCACGAGGCCAUUACACCAUUGGCAAAGAAAUUAUCGAUCUUGUUUUGGACAGAAUUAGAAAAUUGGCUGACCAGUGUACUGGCUUGCAAGGAUUCCUCAUUUUCCAUAGUUUCGGAGGAGGCACUGGAUCUGGAUUUGCAGCCUUGUUGAUGGAACGAUUAUCUGUUGAUUAUGGGAAAAAAUCCAAACUAGAAUUUGCAGUCUAUCCCGCUCCACAGGUUUCAACUGCUGUUGUAGAACCAUACAACUCCAUCCUGACUACUCAUACUACUUUGGAACAUUCAGACUGUGCUUUCAUGGUUGACAAUGAAGCCAUCUAUGACAUUUGCCGUCGGAAUCUCGAUAUUGAACGUCCAACCUACACCAACCUCAAUCGUUUGAUUGGUCAGAUCGUCAGCUCAAUUACAGCUUCUUUGCGCUUUGAUGGUGCUCUUAAUGUUGACUUAACAGAGUUCCAGACCAACUUGGUACCAUAUCCCAGAAUUCAUUUCCCACUAGUCACAUAUGCACCAGUUAUUUCUGCAGAAAAGGCCUACCAUGAGCAGCUUUCUGUCUCGGAAAUUACCAAUGCUUGCUUUGAGCCAGCUAACCAGAUGGUCAAGUGCGAUCCACGCCACGGCAAAUACAUGGCCUGCUGUAUGCUGUACCGAGGCGAUGUGGUUCCUAAAGAUGUCAAUGCUGCUAUCGCUGUCAUCAAGACAAAGCGCACCAUUCAGUUUGUGGACUGGUGUCCAACUGGCUUCAAAGUUGGGAUCAACUAUCAACCACCAACUGUCGUGCCAGGAGGAGAUCUAGCCAAGGUCCAGCGUGCUGUCUGUAUGUUGAGCAACACCACUGCCAUCGCUGAAGCUUGGGCUCGACUUGAUCAUAAGUUUGACCUCAUGUAUGCCAAGCGUGCCUUUGUGCACUGGUAUGUGGGAGAAGGUAUGGAGGAAGGAGAGUUCUCAGAGGCCCGGGAGGAUCUUGCUGCUCUUGAGAAGGACUACGAAGAAGUAGGAGUCGACUCUGUGGAGGGCGAAGGUGAAGAGGAUCAGGAUCAAUACUAAACUGAAACGUAAAAACUAAUAACUCGGGACAAUUUCUUUCUAAUGCAGCCGUUUAUAAACCACUAAACUCGUUUUGCAGGCAGAACCAGUCAACAUGUGUUGCAAUUUUGAAAAAUUAAACAAACAUACAUUCAAAA